AUAUACAUGAGAUGUACCCAAACAAAUUUGUACAGCUGGAUGAAAACCGAUUCCGAAUAUUCAACACCCUUUAUGAACUGCCAAUCAUGUACGUGCUGGCUUGUGUGGUGGACCUGUUUAGCCACGAUCCAGCCUACACUAGGAAGUCAACAGGAAUUCAGUCUGGUGACUUGACGAUGACAUAUUCAUCUAUAUACCAGGAUGUUAUAGUGGCUACUGAUAUUGUUCAUUGCAAAGGGGGUUCUUUGAAGAAAGAAACAAUGUUAAAUAAGGAGAAGUAUGUGAUCAAAGACAAUAGACUGCCACAUCUUCUGGACAAAAUGCGGAAACACGGCUCAAAAGUAUUCCUAGCAACGAACAGCGAUUACGUCUACACAAAUACAAUCAUGGAGUACUUGAUGGACUUUCCAGUAAAGUCUGGUGCUACAAAGCGUGACUGGGUCUCGUACUUUGACUACGUGGUCUGUGAUGCCAAGAAGCCUUUGUUCUUCAGUAACGGGACACUGCUUCGACAGGUGGACAGGGCAACAGGAGCAUUGAAGCUGGGCACUCACACUGGGGAAAUCAGAUCUGGACAUAUCUACUCAGGAGGGUCCGUUGAGGUGUUCUCAGAAAUCAUGGGCUCCUAUGACAAGGAGGUGUUAUACAUCGGAGACCACAUUUUCGGCGACAUUCUCAAGUCGAAGAAGCUGAAAGGUUGGCGAACAUUUCUCGUGGUUCCCGAGCUGGCCCAGGAGUUGUCAGUCUGGACCGAGAAAAAGGAUCUGUACUCACAAUUGGAGGAGUUGGAUUUUCAAAUUGGAGAACUUUACAGGAACCUAGACAUGUCGUGUGAACAGGGUCCGGAUAUCAGCCAGAUCCAAGCCAAUAUCAAGAAUGUCACCCACGUGAUGGACAUGUCGUAUGGCAUCCUGGGAAGUCUGUUCAGGAGUGGCAGUUCUUUUGUGGACCCCGACAUUGAUACCUAUGGAUCACGGCAGACGUUUUUUGCGUCCCAAGUGAUGCGCUACGCUGACCUGUAUGCAGCAUCAUUCCUUAACCUCUUACACUACCCGUUUUCCUAUGUGUUCAGAGCUCCUGCAAUGCUGAUGCCGCAUGAGUCUACUGUUGGCCAUGAGGAUGUUUUGCCUCCCCACCACGAGAUUAUUGCCUCUCGCUCGCGUCUCAACAACGAGGAUGGAACCCCACUCCUGUCUCCUACUGUCACACCAAAACGCUUUCCCCUGGAACGAGCUGAAACUCUGGGGGAUAAUGUGCGCAGGUUUGCAGACACACCCCGACAGUUCACUCAAAUCCAAGACGAAGAAGGGGACAGUGACAAUUCUAAGGAUAGCGAUAAGGAGCUCACACCACCUAAUGAGGAUGAAGAAGUUGCAGGUGAAGUGAAUGGAGAGGUGGUGAAUACAGCUUAGAGGCUGCAGGUGCUGUACAGAUGCAGGUGUGUUAGCAGAUGCCCACAGAUUACAGGUGUCAUGUGCACAAACACAAAGCUGUCACGUUUAUAAGAUGAAAGACUGUUGAAGACUUUUGGUAUCGGAAUUAAAGGCUGCUUACUCAUGUAUUCAUGGUUAUUCGUAUUUGGUGAAGGGAUGAAAAAAGUUGCCGACUUAUUGUCUUUCAUACAUUCGGUUGUUUUAAUAAGUACAUGAACAUUGACAUCACUUAAAGAGUAAAAAGGUUUGUUAGUUGAUUCUCAUAUUUGGAUGGUAAUUUUGCUGCUUGUUUAUGCAUUUCAUUGAUGACCAGAGAGUAUUUUGUUUCUGCUGAUACCAUGUACAGCUGUAUAUAAUUCUAUUUAUAGAAAAAAAUAUAUGUUUCAAUGUUGGAAUAGUACCAUCACAUGUAGUAAAGAUUUUUGCUUUGUUUAUGUUCCAAUAUAUGGUUAUUUGAUGGAAUUGACUUUAAGUUUUGACUUAAGUUUGAUCUGACUAAAUGAUGUGAGUUUAGUUGUUUGCUUAGAUUGACUUAAUUAUAGGACUUAAGUUGUUUGCUUUAAUUCACUUAAAUGUUGGACUUAAGUUGUUUGCUUUUAUUCACUUAAAGGUGGGACUUCAGUUGUUUGCUUUUAUUCACUUAAAGGUGAGACUUAAGUUGUUUGCUUUAAUUCACUUAAAGGUGGGACUUAAGUUAUUUGGUUUUAUUCACUUAAUGAUAGGACUUAAGUUGUUUGCUUUAAUUCACUUAAAGAUGGGACUUAAGUUGUUUGCUUUUAUUCACUUAAAGAUGGGACUUAAGUUGUUCACUUAAAUAUGGGACUUAAGUUGUUUGCUUUAAUUCACUUAAAUAUGGGACUUAAGUUGUUUGCUUUAAUUCACUUAAAGGUGGGACUUAAGUUAUUUGGUUUUAUUCACUUAAUGAUAGGACUUAAGUUGUUUGCUUUAAUUCACUUAAAGAUGGGACUUAAGUUGUUUGCUUUUAUUCACUUAAAGAUGGGACUUAAGUUGUUCACUUAAAUAUGGGACUUAAGUUGUUUGCUUUAAUUCACUUAAAUAUGGGACUUAAGUUGUUUGCUUUAAUUCACUUAAAGAUGGGACUUAAGUUGUUUGCUUAAAUUCACUUAAAGAUGGGACUUAAGUUGUUCACUUAAAUAUGGGAAUUAAGUUGUUUGCUUUAAUUCGCUUAAAUAUGGGACUUAAGUUGUUUGCUUUAAUUCACUUAAUGAUGGGACUUAAGUUGUUUGCUUAAAUUCACUUAAAAGUGGGACUUAAGUUGUUUGCUCAGACAACUAGAUAGGUAUGCACAAAACACUGUGCGCAUAACUGUUAUUGUUGACCACUGCCAAAGAACAAAGAACCAACCAUGAACCCUGAGAUCACUCAUGUAUACAUGUUUAUUCCACAAAUAUACCUUGAUAUUAUUGAAGUCAAAAAUAUAUUUACAUAUUUUUGUCUCUUGUCUCCAUGGUAACAAAUCUUGUCUCCACGGUAACAAAUCUUGUCUCCACGGUAACAAAUCUCAUCUUAAGUUAAAUAUCAAAUGAUAAUAACGAACGACUGCUUUUUUAAAUCAAUAGUAUUGUGUAGUUAUAAUAUCUUUUCUGACAAAAAUAGUUGUAUUUAUCAGUUCAAACAUAGUAUAAUUGAUUUGCCAGCAGAAACACUGAUACUAUGUUUUAAAAAAAUUACUUUGUUUAAGUUUGGACGUAAAGUCAUGAUAUUAGGAUAUUUUGUUGUACGUAUGUUGAUAAGAAUGAUGACCUUAAUGAUAUUUCACACUGUCUGGAAUCACAUAAAUGCCACACUUGUGUUUGAUGGAUAAAUUGUUCUCGAUAGAUGUUUUCAAAUCUGUAAAUUAGUUUCAUAGUUUUCAAUGAUUGGAAACGUAUCAUCGUCAAUAGUCAUUGAAAUAAGAGUUCUAUACAUAUCACGAGAGAGAUAAAGAAAGUAGCAUUACUGAUAAAGUUAUUGUUUGAUUAGUGCAAUUUUCUUUACAUCAGCUUUAUCACUUAGGAAUUCAUUUUUAAAAGAUUGACAAGAUCGCUGGAAAUGCCAGAGUGAUUAAAAAAAACUGACAUAAAAAAGAAUCAUAGUUUUUAUUUCCUUUUCUCUCAUAAUUUGAGUGUGUAACCGGGAUAUUUGCUGACUAAUUGUGGAUACAAAUAUGGACAUAUGUCAACAAUAAAACAUACGAGACACUUAAGUAUUUACAAUUGCGUAGCUUCCGCUGACAAGCGGAAAGGCCUGGCCUUGCACACAAUUUUGUUUUUUCUUUUUUUCCUGUACAGAAAAGAACAAAAAUUACCCACAAAUCAGAACCUUUUGUAAAUUCUCUCUGUAAAUUUUCCCCUGACCCUUGUAGUUUUGUGCCUACACAUCAAAAAUGGUCCACCUACGGCCAUAACCGAAUUACUUUACAUGUUCACAUGUUACAUUUAUUACAUAAAAACAUUUUGGGACAUUGAUGGUGUUUGAUAUUGAGGGAAUUUGUUACUGACUGAAGUUAUUUGUUAUGUGUAUUCAUUAUAUUUUUACAGCAUAUUUGUUGAAAAAUGUUCUUGAUUACUUAUUAUUCAUUUUAAACUGAGAACCUGUGGCUUAUAGCUAGUUUCAUUUCAUGCAUUUAAUUUUUAGAAAUUUUGCAUGUUUUUCAUAGAUCUAGUGCAAUUCAUUUUAUUAAGUUGCUAAAUCUUAUAAACUCUAGGUAUUGUUAUGGCAUCGGUGUUGUUGGCGCAGUGUCUGUGUCAUCUUAGUGCAAAUACAUAAACCUCGGCUAUAUGUAAAAUACCAUUCAAACUAUUUAAAUGAAACUUGGUAUACAUGUUUCCAGAGACAAUACGCACAUUUGUAUCAAGGCCCAUAACUCUGGCUUUAUCAAUGGUUGAGUUAUGCCCCUCUUUAGAGUGAAAAAUAUCAACAGACUAGUGUUUAACUCCAUGAUUCUCUUGAUUUUUAUUCAGGUAUUUUUUUUAAAAAAUUAAUCUUGCCUGUUGCUGGUAACUGUCUCUACUCUGAAAUGCAAGUACAUAUAUUAAUUUAUUAUGUCAUGUCCAGAGGAAACAUUAUUAUAAACCUCAAACAAGCAAUAUUUUGUAUUUCAUUUAGAUCUUAUUACAGUAUAAUUGUGAAUAAAUUGUUUUAUCCACUUUUUGUUACAUACAGGUUAUGUUUUGUAGUAGUGAUUUUAAAUGUGUCCAUUAAUUCCAAUAUAAAAAUUUCACUAUGUUUAUCAUUCCGGUGAACCUUUUCAGCUAAAAUCAUAAAUAAUAGUCAUAUAGCUGUAAUCGACUCACAAAAACCCUUUAAUCCAAAUCAUUUUAUAGCAUCUUUUGUUGUAAUAAUUUUUUGUUAUGAAAUUCAAGCAGUAAGGAGGUGAAAACCCCAUAAAAAAAAUAAAAAAAAAUUAUCUUAGUAUAACUGCGCACACUUAAAAAUGUUUGUAAUUGAAUGUUAAACAAGCUGUUGAUUAAUUAUUGCCAGAUUUAAAAUGUCAUGAAGCCUAUGUUGAUUUUACAAAACAUGACUUAGGUGCCAUUGUUCAGACUGAUUUACCUUGAUAACACUAACUACUCACUGUACGGUGUGUUCAUAAAAAAAUGUAUGUAUUAUUUUGUUGUCGAAAGCCUAUUUUAUCUAUUCUAUGUUUUAUUGAGGACUCUUAUGUAUUAUCUAUUCAACCAGAUGUCUACAAAAGACACAAUCCCGUCAUAACUUUUGUUCUUUUAUCUGUUUUCUUUUUCAUAUAUGUUUUAUAUAUGUUCAAUUUGUUUAGAAUAUAGGUCGCUGUAUUGAUAAAAAAUUAUAUGUGUGUUUAUAACAUUACUGUCAACUUUGAAGGGAUUUAUACUGGUAGAGUGAUUAAUAGCAUUAUUUUUUUUUUGAUUUUCUGUAUUAUUUGAUAGUUUUUAUCAGUUUAUUUUUUAUUUGGAUUGUUUUAUCACUAUAUUUUAUCAACAAUUGUGUUCCAGCAAAACUGCACAUUUGUCUUAUUUCAUUUCUAUAUACCCUCAUAUAAUUUGUUGUAAUUUUCCCUGUAUAUUUAUGAUAAAUAUUGAAUAAAUGGUUUUACAAGAGAUAUUAGAAAAUGGAGUUAAAGACAAAACAUCUUUUCCCGAAAGUGAAGAGUUUCUUUUCUUUUCAUUGUAAAUAAUAGGCUAUUUUACUUUAUUUUCUUAAUAUUUAUUUUUUCUUUCUUAUGAUUUUUAAAAGACAAAAAAUUCAGAUAUAGCGAUAGCUUUGGUGUUGACAUAGUAAAACCUAAACAUAAUUUACCUACUUUAUUACCUAGGAACAUAUCUAAGAAACUGUUUGAGAUAAUCAAACUUGGUACAUACGAUGCAAGAGACAAUGUACAACAAGGCCCAUAACUCUGGAUUUGAUCAUUGCUAGCUUAUACCAAGUUUUGGUAAGCAUUGGUUGUCGCUUCGCAGCCCUAUGUUAAUGUGCUUCAGUCAGUAUAAUUGUAAAGUCAGUUCCAUUAGCAUACAUGCCAUAUUUCUGAGAGGCUUCCCAGGGGAUUUCGGUCUGAAUUCCAGGGAAUUUUGAUAUUACACCAGGGGAUUUUUAUGCGGCGAAAAUUUGCGCAAUAUCUGCAUUUAUAAUUUAACAAUAAAAACAGAAAUACACUCAAUUUACAAUAAUUUUUGGACUAAGUCAUCAUGGUCCUUCAUGGAAUUUCACACUCAUAAUAUUAUUGAUGCUUUCCACUGUCAACCAUAAGCAAGUUUUUUUUGUUUUUUUAAAUUCCAGGGGAUAUGGAUCCCCCGGCGGGGGACCAGGGGAUAGGUCGAAAUUCCGGGGGAUUUUUCCCCCCGCCGGGGGGAUAUGGUAUGUAUGCAUUAGCCUAACUUUGGAUAGAUACUUUAAUAAGAUCAUUAAGGGAUAUGUAAUAUAAAUAGUGUAGUCAUAUAAUUUAGACUUAUGUUAUUUAAGCACUUUAGUCAGAUAAUUUCACAUUAGGCAAUAUAAAUAGUUUAGUCAGACCAUUUAGCGUUACGUUAUAUAGAUUCUUUAGUCAGAUUAAUCAGUGAGUUGCAAUAUUCAAUACCAAAGAAAGUUCUCCAUUUGGCAUUAUAACAUUUGAUUUUUUUCAUUUUUUGUCAUCAUUUUAAUUUUGUAACACAACUCAACAAAGAGGUUUGGUUCCUUUGUCAUGACACAUACUUGUCAGAGAAUUCCAUGUUUGUCUCGGCUUUUGUUAACGUGUACAGUAACACAUUUUAGCUGGAGUGUAUUAACAUUAUUGAACAUGUAUUUUCUCCAUUUUGCGGAUAUGAAUGCAGUUGGGCUGGUCAAAGUAUGGAGUCGGACUCCACACAAUUUAACCAGUCCAACUGUGCUCAUACCCCAAAAAUGACAUCAAUCACACAAUUUAUUCCUUAAAUGGUUCGAUUUUUUAUAAUUUGAAUAUUUUUCAUGUCAACUAGGAUAACUUGUAGAACAGUUCAACCAUUGAAGAGAGUUUGUUAUUAAAACACAGGGUCCCAUUUCGAUAAGAUAUCUAAGUCAUAAAGUUAACGCUGCCUAAGGAUGCUAAGGAAAACUGUAAAGUUACAGGCAAAAUCUAUGGGAUAAAAAUUCUAAUGUUCUUUUGAUAUUUUUUGGGGUUUCGAGGUUUCGCAUGGAAAUUAACAAUCUGAAGCUGUACAAUUAACAUUCUGAAGCUGUACAAUCUUGAGAGAAACUGGGCCCUGGACCCCUGAAUCUCUAGAAUAAUCAUUAAUACCUCUAAUAAAGGAUCAAGGUAUUAUCACUAUUUUUUAUUUUGGUAUGAAUAGUUAAAGAAGUUCUGUGACUUUAAAGGAAAAUGUUGAAAAUGAAUCAUGAUACAGCUGUGUUAAAAUAUGAUAGCUCUUCUGAAGCCAUCAUGCUUCAUAUAUUUUGUGAAAUUAGUGUCAACAUUUUGCUUGCAAGGUAAACAUACAGUAUACAUACAUGAAGGUUUAAAUGCUGCUAAUAUUGGAUUUUUUUAAUUAGGGACCUCUUUUAUGAAUGAUUGUUUUUCAAAUAGGUAUUUCCUAGUAGAAACAUGAUUUAUUUUAAAUAUAUUGGUCAUAUUAGAAACAGCUAAUUUGAAUUCCCUAAUACAUGGCUAUACUUUAAAUUUGGGUUUAUAUCUUAAAGGUGCACAAAUUAGGUUGAUGCAAAAAAAUGUUUUUCAAUUUAAAUGCAUUAUCGUCGUUAUCUCAAUUGACUUAAAUGGUUAAAACAAAACAAAAAGCGUAAGAUUUAGGUACCGAUAAAAGAUAUUAGUAAAAUAGGUUGAUUAAAAACUUUAGACAAAAAAAAAAAUCAUUUUACAGCAAGAAAAUUAAUUAAGUACAACUCAUUGUUCUUUGACCAAUCACCCAAGUAUGUUUUUGCUUUAGAAUUUGUUUUAAGUACAAUUUUUUUUUUUUAUGAACACAUUUUAUGAGAAGACAUUUUUAAAACAGUAAUCACAUAAACAAUUUUAAAUAACUUUUGAUGUUAUAUGGAAAAUCCGUUUAGAUUGAGAUUUUUUGAACACUGUCAAAGAUCUGCUUAUUUAUAAACGUUUUAAUUGAAUUUGUGAAGUAUUAAGAUAGUGUUGUGCAUGUGUACAAGUGUUUUCAUUGUAAAAAGUAUCAUUGCUAUGUGAUAUCUCUUAUUGUGUAUCUACAUAAUGGUGUAUUUAUUUUUACUGGAAUAAUGUAUUCUUACACUGUAAUAUACUUUAAUAAAUUGUAACAAUGA